AUGGCUGCCCUCGCUUGGCUGAUAAUCGUCGUCGUCGGUCUCUCCAUGAUCACCAACGACCACGUGGCGGUGGUGGUUGCGGCGCCGGCGUCGACGGAGGCAUAUUCGUUCGCGGACCACUCCUGCGGCCUGACCCCGAUCAGCCCAUCGAGCCCAUUGGGCCAGGCGAGAAAGGGCAUCCUCAUCAACGUGGUCAACGUCCACAACUCUCACCCGGGCGAGUUCUCGACGUGCAUCAACGUGAACGGGUUGUGGGCUCGGGCCGCCUGCCCCGACCCGACCUCGGCCUCGUGCCCGGCCUGUCUCGCCGAGGCCCAGGCCUUCUUGGACAAGAACUGCUUGUACUUCGCCAAUGGGAGGGUUCAGGAGAAUGGCAUGACUUGUAACAUGGCGUUUGGCAGUAAAAGCGUUUGUAGGUAG